CGCGCCAGCCCCAUCGUCAGUCGCCGCCCGAAACAGGCCGCCGAAAGACGUGCCCUACGCGCCUCCUCCACCCGUACACUUCUCUCAUACCGGGUUUUAGUUUCGUACCAUAAUGACAUAGCCUCAGUGUCGUGCGACGAGACUACGUGAAGCGCACAUUUUAGUUUUUCCAUUGAGACGAGGAAGCCGUAACGGUCUCCGUUGUUCCAGAACUAGACGAUCUACUUCAUUCCGUCGAGGAACGCAGAAGAGACCACAAGGCGGUCUGCUCUUUUAAAUCCGCCUUUGCAUAAAGACUAGCUAAAAUGGGCGAGACCCGUCGGAAACCUCCUGCGAAAAAGCGGAAACCCGGAGACUUAGAUGACCUAAAACAGGAGUUAGAUAUCGAUUACCACAAAGUAACGCCCGAAGAACUUUACCAAAGAUUUCAAACACACCCCGAAAAUGGACUCAGUCACGCAAAAGCGAAAGAAAACCUUGAACGAGAUGGUCCAAACGCACUUACACCUCCAAAACAGACACCCGAAUGGGUAAAGUUUUGUAAAAAUCUUUUCGGCGGAUUUGCGUUAUUAUUGUGGAUUGGUGCUAUUCUAUGCUUUAUUGCCUACGGAAUUCAGGCGAGUACCGUUGAGGAACCUUCGGAUGAUAACUUGUACCUUGGUAUUGUAUUGGCGGCUGUUGUAAUCGUGACUGGAAUCUUUUCAUACUACCAAGAAAGCAAGUCAUCCAAGAUCAUGGAAUCCUUCAAGAACAUGGUACCCCAAUUCGCCACGGUCAUUCGCGAAGGAGAAAAAUUAACGCUUCGUGCUGAAGAUCUUGUGCUCGGUGACAUUGUUGAGGUUAAAUUCGGCGACCGGAUCCCUGCUGAUAUUCGUAUCAUUGAAGCACGUGGCUUUAAAGUAGACAACUCGAGUUUGACUGGCGAGUCGGAACCACAAUCCCGUGGACCUGAAUUUACCAACGAGAACCCCCUAGAAACCAAGAAUUUGGCAUUCUUCUCUACCAACGCUGUUGAAGGCACUGCUAAGGGUGUAGUAAUCUGUUGUGGUGAUAAUACGGUUAUGGGUCGUAUUGCGGGAUUGGCAUCAGGCUUGGACACUGGCGAGACCCCCAUUGCUAAGGAAAUCCACCAUUUUAUCCACUUGAUCACCGGUGUCGCUGUAUUCCUCGGAGUAACGUUCUUCUUAAUCGCCUUCAUCCUCGGCUAUCACUGGCUGGAUGCUGUUAUUUUCCUCAUUGGUAUCAUUGUAGCCAACGUACCUGAAGGUUUACUGGCGACUGUAACUGUAUGUCUGACUCUCACUGCCAAACGUAUGGCCUCCAAGAAUUGCUUAGUUAAGAACUUGGAAGCCGUCGAAACUCUCGGAUCAACCUCAACGAUUUGCUCCGAUAAAACUGGAACUUUGACCCAAAACAGGAUGACUGUAGCUCAUAUGUGGUUCGACAACCAGAUCAUUGAAGCUGAUACGACUGAGGACCAGUCUGGAGUACAAUAUGAUCGCACUAGCCCAGGAUUCAAAGCGCUUGCCAAAAUUGCUACUCUUUGCAACCGAGCUGAGUUCAAAGGUGGACAGGACGGUGUGCCAAUCUUGAAGAAGGAAGUUGCUGGAGAUGCGUCCGAAGCUGCUUUACUUAAAUGUAUGGAACUGGCUCUCGGUGACGUGCUGUCGAUCAGAAAGAGGAAUAAGAAAGUAUGCGAGAUUCCAUUCAACUCUACGAAUAAGUACCAAGUUUCUAUCCACGAAAGUGAUGACCCCAGCGACCCUCGUCAUUUGCUCGUAAUGAAGGGUGCCCCUGAAAGGAUUCUGGAACGCUGCAGCACUAUUUUCAUCGGUGGCAAGGAAAAGGUUUUGGACGAAGAAAUGAAGGAAGCUUUCAACAAUGCCUACUUGGAACUCGGUGGACUCGGCGAACGUGUGCUCGGUUUCUGCGAUUUGCAAUUGCCUUCCGACAAGUAUCCCAUUGGCUACAAGUUCAACACCGAUGACCCCAACUUCCCCUUGGAAAACCUUCGCUUCGUUGGCCUCAUGAGCAUGAUCGACCCUCCCCGUGCCGCCGUACCCGACGCUGUUGCUAAGUGCCGAUCUGCUGGUAUCAAGGUUAUCAUGGUAACCGGUGACCACCCCAUCACUGCCAAGGCUAUCGCCAAGUCUGUAGGAAUUAUUUCUGAAGGCAACGAAACCGUAGAAGAUAUCGCCGCUCGUCUCAACAUUCCCGUAUCCGAAGUCAACCCCCGCGAGGCCAAAGCCGCCGUAGUCCACGGAACCGAACUCAGGGAACUCAACUCUGAUCAACUCGACGAAAUUCUCAAGUUCCACACCGAAAUCGUGUUCGCGCGUACGUCCCCGCAACAGAAACUGAUCAUCGUGGAAGGUUGCCAGCGCCUCGGAGCCAUCGUAGCCGUCACCGGCGAUGGAGUCAACGACUCGCCUGCCUUGAAGAAGGCCGACAUUGGCGUCGCUAUGGGUAUCGCCGGCUCUGACGUGUCCAAGCAGGCCGCUGACAUGAUCCUCCUCGACGAUAACUUCGCGUCCAUCGUCACAGGUGUAGAGGAAGGGCGUUUGAUCUUCGACAACUUGAAGAAAUCCAUCGCGUAUACCCUCACCUCGAAUAUUCCCGAAAUCUCUCCCUUCCUUGCCUUCAUCCUCUGCGAUAUUCCGCUGCCUCUCGGUACUGUAACCAUCCUUUGCAUCGAUCUCGGAACUGACAUGGUGCCCGCCAUAGCGCUGGCGUACGAGUCAGCCGAGGCGGACAUUAUGAAACGUCCGCCUAGAAAUCCAUUUUGCGACAAACUUGUCAACGAGAGGCUGAUUUCCAUGGCUUAUGGUCAAAUCGGAAUGAUCCAAGCUGCCGCUGGAUUUUUCGUAUACUUCGUGAUUAUGGCUGAGAACGGAUUCCUUCCCUUGAAACUCUUCGGUAUCAGAAAGCAAUGGGACUCGAAGGCCAUCAAUGACUUGACUGACUCCUAUGGACAGGAAUGGACUUACCGCGACCGUAAGGCUCUCGAAUUUACCUGCCACACCGCUUUCUUCGUGUCCAUCGUGGUAGUGCAGUGGGCUGACUUGAUCAUUUGCAAGACCCGCCGUAACUCGAUCGUGCACCAGGGCAUGCGUAACUGGGCGCUUAACUUCGGACUCAUCUUCGAAACUGCGCUCGCCGCCUUCCUCUCCUACACGCCCGGCAUGGACAAGGGCCUGCGGAUGUAUCCUCUCAAGUUCGUGUGGUGGCUGCCCGCCAUUCCAUUCAUGUUGUCGAUCUUCAUCUACGACGAAAUCCGGCGCUUCUACCUGCGUCGCAACCCGGGCGGCUGGCUCGAACAAGAGACUUACUACUAAGCUGCACCGACCACUGUCCACACCGUCGCGUCGUGCAACAGUUAGUACCGCGUACAUAAAGUUCAUUUGUGUUCUUAUAUCAGACUGACAGAGGUUGCGGUGCCGUUUCGGUAUAUGUGUAAUCGCUGUCGUGUACGCUUCUCACCGCUUGUUACCGCAUCGCCGCCCGCAGGGCUCCCGAGUACCUGCCGAGUGUGUCUGUCCACCGCGUCGGGCUCCGCCUCGGCCGCGGACGCCUCGCGUUAUCGUUUCUUAACGAACUAUCUAUGUAUAUAUGCAGUGAGGAAUGAAUUGAAUUUGUGAUGUUAAAAAAUAUUGUACACAUAUUAUAAUUUUAAAUUUGUGAAUCGCGUUAUUUUUGUAUCGAAAUCGUUUUGAAAUGUAAUCUGAGUAAUCUCGAAUCGCCAAAUGCGAUCUGUUAACGGAUCUUUCUGGGAAUACGUUGAAUCUCUGUUGGCGCGCGGAGCACGCGCGGAGCACGCGCGGCGCACGCGUGAGCAGCGAGCAGCACGCGAGAGCACGCGCGAGCACGCGAGCACGCGGCGCUCGCCGGACACCUCCGUCAUCGCGCAAGCGGCCGCGACGCGGACACCAUGUCGCAGUAGUCGUUCGCCCUCGGUCAUAUAAGAUAGAAUAAAGUAUAAUACUAAUAAUGUUGUUUUACACACACUAUUCGAUAAGUAACAAGAUAUCGUCUAGCGGUAGAUCAUCGUUCCGCCGCGCCGCGCUCGGCGGCCGACGAGAAGCAUUUGUUGUAAAAUUACAUUUAAGAAGCCACGAUUAUAAUUAUUAUUUAAGUGAUUUAGAUUAAGUUGAUUUUUUCGAGUGAAUAUUGUUUAGUUGACGAUUCGAACGGGUGCAUGGUGUGUGAGAGGUCGAUGUGGAGUGCCUGAGUUAUAGUGUACUACUGCUUACUGUUAGGUAGGUAGUUGAAAUUUUGAGCCAUAUUUUCAAUCGUAAAGUAGAUAAACGAAGCAUACACAGUCGCGAUAGCUUGGAGGGCCGCGGACGGAAGCCGGCGCCGGCCCGGUCGUCGGAACACCGGUCCUCUCCGGCCGACGCGGACCGACACCGACCGACCCGGACUGGCACGGGCGUCUCCGGUCGCCGCGCGCCGGGGCCGGACACUAUGCUUUUCUUUUUCUAAAAUUAACUGAAAACUUAGUGAUUUUCGUGAGAUUUAUUAAAAUAGGCUGCUCAUGUUUAUUAUAUAAGAUUUUAUUUCUUAAUUAAAAGAUAAUAAACAAAACGUAGAAAUGCGUAAUUAGAAAUUUUUAAAAUUAUACAGUUAUGAUAGAGUCAUCUUGUUUUGUCGCCGCUCGGCGCUCCGCCGGCCGCGCGCGGAGCUCCGAGACGAGCGAUUUAUUUCAAUUUUCGUAACGAAUACAUAUAACAUAUAAUAAUGGUUACAAAAGUAAUAAUUAUAUUACAUUAUAGCGACUAUAAAUCUAAAUUAUAUGAAAUGUUUAUAGAUUUAAAUGAUGUUUGUUUCUUUAGAGUGACUUUCUGUGCUUGUUCAAGAGAACGAUGUACAUUUCACAGACAAUAGUCGUUGAUUAUGAUUGAUAUUAUUGUAAUGAUUGGAUCUUUGUAAGCUAUUCGUUUAACGUACACUGUAGAACUAACAUUGUUUUGCGUUCGACAGUUCUUUACACCGUUUUAUUUUAUAGUAUUACUCUGUUGGCUAGGAACGCUGUAAAAAUGUAAGUGUUAAUAAAAAAAACAUUUUCAAAAUAUUA